AUGGGCGCAGACACACAUUUUAGCUUUCUGCCGCUUGGCGCCAUCAUCCAGGCCUUCUACAUCAACGGCAUCAAUAUCGUACAAGGCUUCCCCACGCAGGAGCUCUACCAGACGCACAACAGUCCGCAUUUCGGGGAAACCAUUGGCCGCGUGGCGAACCGUAUCAAGGGUGCCCGGCUCGACAUCGUCAACGGCACGACGUACCCGCUGGCCGCCAACAACAGCGGCAACACGCUCCAUGGCGGCAUUGUCGGCUGGGGCAAGCGCGUCUGGCAGGGGCCGACGCCGAUCGGCCUGCGCCCCAUCCCCGGCGUCGACGGCCUGCGCGGCGGUGAGAGCAUCCAGUUCACGCUGACGAGCGAGGAUGGGGACGAGGGCUUCCCCGGCGCGCUCGACGUCAAAGUGGUGUACACGGCGGGCACACAGCCCCUAGACGGCAAGGAGGCGACCGUUCUGGGGAUCGAGUACGAGGCGCAGCUGGUCGGCGGCGCGGAUGAAACCGUCAUCAAUAUGACGAACCACUCGUACUUUAAUCUCGGCGGCGACGCGACCGUUGCCGGCACGCAGGUCACCCUCGGGUCCAACCAGUACCUCCCCGUCGACAGCACCGGCGUGCCCACCGGCGGACCGUCCACCUUUCCCGGCGUCGAGCCCAACCAGAAGAUCCAUCUCGGCGCCGACGCGCCCGCGUUUGACCACUGCUUCACCACGACGGCGGACCCCGCCGCCGUGCCCGUUGACACACGCGCGCAGCCGCUGCAGCUGCACCUGACCGCGGCGCACCCGGCCACGGACACCCACCUGCAGGUUCUGAGCACCGAGCCAUCGUUUCAGUUUUACACGGGCGACUUUACCGAUGUGCCGGCCGUUGCGGGGGCCCCGGCGCGCGGCGCGCGGUCGGCGUUUUGCUGCGAGCCGGGCCGCUGGGUGAAUGCGCCCAACGUGCCGGCGUGGAGAAACAUGACGCUUCUGAAAAGGGGCGAGAUGUAUGGAGCGCGCAUCGUGUACAAGGCUUGGGCGUAG